CAGUAGCCAAGAGCCCAUUGGUCUUAUUAAGUUUGAUUUAACUUUCAAAAAUAAAAUAAUCAUAAAAUCUUAGAGCCCGCCAACCUUACCUAUCGUCUCGAGAGACAUAAUACCUCCAAUGUCCAUCGUGCUCAAAUCAUGCUCUCUCUAAUCCCUCCACGCAUGAUCACCACCCUUCGAUCAUCCACGUCAUCACACCACCUCCACCUUCCUCACCCUUCUACCUUUGAAACCAACGAGCAACUCAAAACCCUCAUAAAUUCCCAUCGUCUCCAUGACGCACGCCACCUGUUCGACCAAAUGCCUCACCGAGACUCCAUCUCCUGGACAACCAUCAUAUCCGGCUAUCUCCGCUCCUCCAACUCCUCCGAAGCACUCUCCCUCUUCUCCCUUCUUCUCUCCUCCCAUCCCUCCCUCCCUCUCGACCCUUUCCUCCUCAGUCUCGCCCUCAAAGCUUGCUCCUUUUCCCCAUCCUUCCUCCCUCUCGCCUCCUCCCUCCACUCCCUCUCCCUCAAAUCCGGCCUCCUCCCUUCCUCCCCCUUCAUCUCCACUUCCCUCCUCCAUGCCUACUCCAACUCCAACCUCCUUUCCCACUCCCUCCAACUGUUCGACGAAAUGCCCCAAAGAAACACCGUCUCUUACACCGCCGCAAUCACCGCCCUGGUCCGCUCCGCCAACUACUCCACCGCUCUCCGCCUCUUCACCUCCAUGCCCCAGCGCCGAAUUCCAUGGGACUCCCAUUCCUACGCCAUCAUCCUCAAAGCCUGCGCCGAUGCGCGUCUCCUCCCCCGCGGCCGCGAGAUCCACUCUUUCACCGCCAAGCUCGGCCUCGACUCCACCUCCUUCAUCGCCAACACCCUCGCCUCCAUGUACUCCAAGUGCGGCGACACUUCCUCAGCCUUCAUCCUCUUCAACCGCAUUCGCUCCCCCGACGUCGUUUCCUGGACCAACAUCAUCGCCGCCCACGCUCAGAUCGGCCACAACGCCGACGCCAUUCGAGCCUUCCUCUCCAUGCGAGACUCCGGCGUCUCCCCCAACGCUUACACCUACGCCGCCGUGCUCUCCGCUUGCACCGCCCUCGCACGUGCCGAAUGGGGCGAGCAGCUUCACGCUCACGUCUAUAACCGCGGUUUUGCACGUGCCAUAUCCGUGGCUAAUUCACUCGUCACUUUGUAUUCACGUGUGGGACGUCUCCACUCCGCUGAUAUUCUCUUCCGCGAGAUCCCCGUUAAAGACCUUGUAUCGUGGUCCGCCAUCGUGUCAGCCUACGCCCAAGAAGGCCACGUGGAGGAAUCGUUCCAACUUUUUAACCAGAUGCGAGACAGCGGACCUGCGCCGAACGAGUUCACGCUCGCGAGCCUCUUGAGCGCGUGCGCGAGCGCGGCCUUGCUCGAACCGGGACGGCAAGUGCACGCGCGCGCGCAGCGCGCGGGGCUCGCGCAGGAAGCCGCGGUCGCCAGCGCGGUCAUCAAUAUGUACUCCAAGUGCGGGUGCAUCGCCGAGGCGAAGAAGGUCUUCAACGAGCUCGACCACGACGACGUUGUCUCUUGGACGGCGAUGAUCAAUGGGUACGCGGAGCACGGGCUGAGCUCGGUCGCCAUUAAGAUGUUCGACGAAAUGCCAGCGGCCGGGUUAGUGCCGGAUCAUGUGACGUUUGUGGGAGUUCUUAACGCGUGUAGUCAUGCAGGGCUGGUGGAUCUUGGAUUGAAGUACUUUGAAAGGAUGAAGGAGGAGUAUGGGAUUGAGCCAUGGAAGGAGCAUUAUGGAUGCAUGGUGGAUGUUUUGGGGAGAGCAGGGAGGUUAAGGGAUGCAGAGAAGGUGAUUGAUGAAAUGCCGGAGAAGGGGGAUGAUGUGGUGUGGUCGGCGUUGCUGCGAGCGAGUAGAGUGCAUGGGGAUGUGGAGUGUGGGAAGAGGGCGGCGGAGAAGAUACUGGAGGAAAUGCCGGAGUGCGCGGGGACGCACAUCACGAUGGCGAAUGUGUAUGCGGAGAAGGGGAUGUGGAGGGAGGUGGCGACGAUGAGGAGGGCAAUGAGGGCGAAGGGAGUGAAGAAGGAGGUUGGGUGGUCGUGGAUUGAGGUUGGGGAUGAUGUUGCGGUGUUUGUAGCCGGAGAUCGAAGGCAUGAAGGGAUUAAUGGAAUGGUCACGUUGGUGGAUUGCAUGGCGAGGUUGGUGACUGUAGAAGAGGUUUUUGAGUUUGAAUUUGUCACGUAAGAAUGUCAUUUGGUUUAGUUGUAUUCAGUGACGGACCCCCAAAUAUAUAAAAAAACAAGGGGAAAAAAUUUAAUA